AUGGGGUCGUAUCCUCGAUCGUCUUCAUCGUCCGUGGAGUCCUCGUCGUCCGGUCGGGAUCAGAUGAUUAUCGGGGUUGUGUUUGGUGGUGUAGUUGCUAUUAUGAUCAUCUGUGCUGUGUUCUUCAUCCGGUACAAGAAAAGAAGUGCAGAUCGACGUCGUCGUCAACGUGAAGAACGACUCCUCGCCCAUCACUUCUCCCUCUCCACCGGGUACUAUCUCGACCCGGAAGCCAGCAAGCGACAUACCCCCAAGUAUCCCCUUGAGACUUCAGUAGCACAACAAGAGCCCUUCUCGUGUCUCCAACCCCCACAGCAAAGGGUCAUCGACGAUCCCCCGCCUGCUUAUCAACCACUGCCGACUUAUAACCCCUCUCGGUACCAAGGUGUAGAUGGGAUGGUGGGUAUAGCGGUUCCGUAUCCCGGAGUGAGGGCAAGUAUGUAUCGAUUGUCGGUGACUGGGAUGGAACAUCAGAGGAGAGCCCCGGAUCGGAAUUCAAAUGCGUUUAGCUUUGCCGUGGAGGAGAGAUUGGAUGUUGCCUUGCCUCGACGGGUCGGGGAAGAGGAGGUCACUUCGCUGCCUCAGGUGGAGGUCCAGUCACCGCAACGACCCAGGCCGGUCUUGUCCCGAUUGGUGACCAACUUUGGCACAGGCACAGGCAACGCCGGGCUUCUCACGUCGUCUCCAUCACGGCGCGUAGAUAAGCUCUGCGGGUGGUUCGGGCCCAACCGCGACGAUCAACCGGUGAUUGUCUUGGAUACCCUGGCAGCCGCCGAAGCUUCUGAUGCUGGCCUCCACCGCCGGUCGGUUUCCCCUCCUCUGACUCCCCCUGCUUCCAAUGCUACAUCGGACUUCUGCGGCCGUGGUUGGAUGCCGCCAACAUCCCAGCAUCUGCUAGCAGGUCCUCCAACAGGUUUACCUGCAAAUACGCGGACCGGUUCUGUCCCCUGCUUCAGAGGCUCUCCCAUGACCAGUAAACGCGUCGGAAUCCCCAUUCCGCUUACAAAACUACGGGCGAUCCCCCUCCGGUUGAUUGAUAUUUCUCCUCUCAAUGGCCGCGUACGCCCGAUGGGCCUCCCCACCGAGGGAAAAAAUUGGCCGUGA